UGGCAGAUGCCGGCAGAGCCUACAGCCAUGGCAGAUGAGUGCCCAGCCCCUGUCCACUGCAGCCAGACCGUGCCCCCCCUGGGACCAGCCUCCGGCCUUGCCCGCCUGGCCUCGGCAUCCAAAUGCUAACAGGAGCCUGGCUGCUACGUGCGUGUGCAUGCAUGUGUGUGCGUGCGUGUGUGUGCAUGUAUGUGCACGUCUCGCACCAGCUGCAGCCGCCUGCUCGGAGGUAAGCGGUAACUAUGGCGACGCAAGGAGGGUCCCCAGAAGAGAUGCGCUGCUACAAAGGGAUUUUCCUCGCCUAGAUCGCAGGGAUCCCGGCGGAAGCAGCACCCGCACUCCCGUCGCGAUGCCCGCCCGCGCCCUCUGCCUGAUGUGGGGCCUGGCAAUCUCCGCCGCGGCCCUUGGCCCUGAUCCAACGCCUCGUGUCGCCUUCCAGUGGGGAGACCCGCGCAGGAUCCUGCCCCACUUCAGUCUCCGGGGUGUCUCCAACUACGACGUUCUGCUGCUGAGCAAGGAUGAGGACACGCUGUACGUGGGUGCCCGGGACACCAUCCUCUCCCUUGGGGUGGACAGCACGGGCACCAUGGCAUUCAAGAACUUGAUCCCCUGGGCCCCCAUGGACGAGAAGAAGCAGGAGUGUGUUUUUAAGAAGAAGAGCAAUCUGACCGAGUGCUUCAACUUCAUCCGUGUCCUGGUGCCACUGAACCAGACACACCUGUACGUCUGCGGGACCUACGCUUUCAGCCCCACCUGCAGCUACGUGAGUCUGGACACCUUCACGCUGGUUUCCGGUGCUCAGGGACAGCCCCUGUUGCUGGAUGGCAAGGGCCAGAGCCCCUUCAAUCCCCAGCACACAUACACGGCAGCGCUGGUGGAUGGGGAGCUCUACACGGGUACCAUGAACAACUUCCAAGGCAACGAGCCCAUUAUCUCCCGUGCCCUGAGCAACCGGACCCUGCUGAAGACUGAUGCCUUCCUCCGCUGGCUGCAGGCUGACGCAGCCUUCGUAGCCUCCUUCAGCAUCCCCAAUGACGACAAGGUCUAUUUCUUCUUCGAGGAGACAGCCAACGAGUUCGACUUCUUCGAGGGGCUCACGGUGCCACGGGUGGCGCAGGUCUGCAAGAGCGAUGUGGGGGGUGACAAGGUGCUGCAGCGGAAGUGGACGACGUUCCUGAAGGCGCAGCUGUCAUGUGCCCAGCCCGAGCGCUUCCCCUACAAUGUGAUCCACCACGCUGUGGCCCUGCCUCAGCCAGCCGGCGGCACUGUCUUCUAUGGGGUCUUCUCUUCCCAGUGGGAGAUGGGGGCCACGGGCGGCGCGGCUGUGUGCGCCUUCAGCCAGCCUGCGAUCAAAGAGGUUUUCAACGGCAAGUACAAGGAGCUGAACAAAGGGAGCUUGCGCUGGACCACCUACAGCGAGCCGGUCAUGGUGCCCCGACCUGGCAGUUGCUCAGUGGGGCCAUCAUCAGACAAGACCUUGAACUUCAUGAAGGAGCAUUUCCUCAUGGACGAGAAGGUGGAGCCCAUGGGCCUGCGCCCGCUGCUAGAGAAGCAGGAUGUGACCUACACGCGCCUUGCGGUGCACCAGGUCCCCAGCAUCUCCGGUACCCAAUACCCCGUCCUCUUCCUGGGCACAGACCAGGGGCUGCUGCACAAGGCGGUGGUGCUGCCUGGUGGGACCCACAUCAUCGAGGAGAUCCAGCUGUUCCAGGAGCCUGAGGCUGUGAGAAACCUCCUACUGUCCCCUGCCAAGGGCAUGCUGUACGUGGGCUUCUCCCGUGGGGUCCUACAAGUGCCCGUGGCCAACUGCAGCUUGUACCAGAGCUGCGCUGACUGCAUCCUGGCCCGCGACCCCUUCUGCGCCUGGGACAGCCUCAGCCAUGCCUGCCGGGAGACCCGUGCCGGGGCUAAUGUCACGCACUGGCUGCAGGAUGUGGAGAUGGGCUUUCCAAAUGACACGUGCCCGCAGUCCAGGCCCAAGGGCAGGGCCAUCGGCCGGUCCCAGGAUGGUGUGGACAGCAGCGUGGUGAAGACUCUGAGCCCCGCGCCGAACACGGUGCUUCGCCUGCCUUGCCCACGGCUCUCCGCCCUGGCCAACUAUAACUGGCGCUAUCCAGAGCAGCGCCCCAGCGAGGGGGUGGCCGUGCUGGCCGACCACACACUGGUGCUCAUUGCACAGAACCGCACAGCCGGCACUUACGAGUGCUGGGCCAGUGAGAACGGGUACAGCCGGCCUGUGGCCCGCUAUGUGGUGCAGCAGCCCCGUGGCGGUGCCGGGCACCCUGGGUACCACAGCAGGGUAGAUGGCAUUGCCGAGGAGGGGGUGGAACCACUGUCCCCACACCGCUCCUACUGGCCCCAGUUUGUGACUGUGACAGUGCUGCUGGCCGUGACACUUGUCGGGGCCGUGGCCAUGGCUCUGGUCUCCUACCAUGACCGACUCAAGGCCAAGAGCAAGGUGCAGGGCUGCAGCUCCCCUCCAGCCACCAAAGCCUCGCAGCAGGAGAAGGUACCGCUCAGCGGAGCCGGGGGCGACUUCCAGUUCCCAACGUCCUACCAAGAUGGGGCCUGCUGCCUUCAGAUGGACGGGAUCUCCCAGGCCAUCGAUGCUGACAACAACCGCCUCAGUGCUGGCCCGGGCCUCAUGGACGGGGCACCGGGGGCAGCUGCAGGGAAGGCGUAGGCAAAUGGGCAUGCCUACCCUGAGCCCCGGCCCCUGCCCCUGCCCCUGCCCAGCUCCCAUCAAGAUCAACAGUGUUGGGAGAAGGAGAGACCCUACAAUAACAUGCCGCUUUGCCCAGCUCCCAACCAAGAGCCAGUGGUGGGCACGUGCCGUCCAGCUGCGAGCACAUCUGCCCCUUGAGAUCCCCCAGGGUGGCAG